CCCUUAACUUAAGAGGAGGGGACAAGGAGAACAAUCAACCUAGAGAUUUAAGGCAUUUUAGGGCUUGACUUCUUUCUUCAAAGGCUGGUUCUUUCCAGCCAAUUUGCCCCAAAAAAAUGGCGACCAGAAAACUCAUUCGUGAUUUCUUCAUUUUCAAACAACAUAUCUCCUUUCAAUGGCUACCCAGUAAUCGUCAGUUACAUCAAUCAAAUUCGAAGUUCAGAUUGAUUAGUGGAAUAAGACAUUCAUCUAAUCGUCAAUUCAGUGUGUUUAAUGAAUUCUCCAAGAAAAUCAAAGGCGAAACAAGCAGUAAUAAGGAAUUCCAACAGUCAGUUAAUCAGCUAAAGGAGAAGGCACAUGAGUUGAGAGGAGUAAAAGAGGAUCUGAAAGUCAGAGUGAAACAGACAACCCAACAGCUGCACAAACAUGUUGAUGGUGUGUGGACAGAAGCUGAAGAGACUGCAAAAAAGGUUUCUGCAUUUGCCAAGGAAAAGAUAUCAGCUGCAAGUGAGGAGGUCAAAGGAAGUCUUGGUUUUGGGGGCCAAGAGCCCUCAGCAUCUAAUGGUACUACAUUAAAUAAUGAUGGUAAUGUUAAGGAUGGGACUGCUUCAUCUGAUCAGCAACACCAGCAAUCUGAACCUAUUGGUUCUGCCGAGACAUUGUUUGAUAAAGUUAAGUCAACUUUUGCUUCACCUUCUCUUAAGGUUUCAUCAGCGUUCCAGAGAUUGAAGGAAAUAAAGAUGGCUGAUUGGGCCAAGAAGAGUUAUGAUAUAGUGAAGGAAGAGUUGAGUGGAAAACCAAAUAGAAGGAAACAAAUGCAUUAUGCUUCAUCAACUGGAGAAACAAGUGACAGAACUGAAGUUGUUGUGGUACCAGUGAAGCAGUCCCCAUGGAGCAAAAAGUGGGAGGAAGUGAAAGAAAAGAUGCGCAGCCAUCCAAUGUUCAAAAGCGCCACUAAGAUAAGUGAACCUGUGGUUACUAAGAGCCAGGAGUUGGCAGAAGAUUUGCAGGAAAGGUGGGAAACAAGUGAUAGUCCUGUUGUACAUAAAAUUCAGGACCUCAAUGACAGAGUGUUUGGAGAAAAUGACGCCGCAAUGUCAUUCAAAGAAAUUCGUCGUCGUGAUCCCUCCUUUUCUUUACCUGAUUUUGUAGCUGAGGUUCAAGAAGUUAUCAAGCCCGUUUUGACUGCAUACCUCAAGGGAGACUUCAAAGUUUUGGAAAAAUAUUGUAGCCCUGAAGUUGUGGAGCGAUGUAAAGCACUUCAUAAAGCUUCUGAAAGCCAAGAUAUUUUCUUUGAUAACAAGAUUUUGCAUGUGUCUGAAGUGGAUGUAAGAGAAACUAAAAUGAUGGGUUCUAGCCCCAUUAUUAUUCUUGCGUUUCAAACACAGCAAGUAUAUUGUGCACGUGAUAGACAAGGUUCGAUAAAGGAGGGAAGUCAGGACACAAUACAAACUGUAUAUUACGCGUGGGCUAUGCAACAAGUUGAGCCAGACGAAAUCGACGUAGAUGCCAUUUACUCAAUGUGGAAGCUGAGAGAGAUGCAACAAUUUGGUAUAACUGCCCUUAUCUAGGAUGUACAUGCAACAAUUUAUUGCUCUGUCCAUUUUGAUACCUGUUUUAUUGCUCCUCUGGUGCUCAGCUUGUCCCAAGAGGUGUUUUUGAGUAGGUAGAUUUCCUCCUUUUUAUUUUUAAAUUUUCGUAAUGCAAUCCUUAAUUCUUUUGAAAAGAACAUUUCGGAAGGAGAUGUUAUAACUUGCAAGUCUGAAUUCUCACUCUGCAGUGGGGAAUUUAAAAAUAAAAAAUUUACAUUUCAAACAAAAUAAUGAAAUAUUUCAAAUAGUAGGAGAAAUGUGAUUAUCUCUGAACUUUCAUACUGUGAGAUUGUAAUGCAUUGACCAGUUUUUUCAAGGUCUUUAAAAACUCGUCGAUGUUUCAAAAGGCAAUGUCAAUAGAAAUGGUUGCAAAUUGCGUAUUUUUCA